GCUUUUCUCUUCUUCCACGCUCGUCGUCGACCCGGGCACGCGCGCGCGUCGUGCCGGGUCGGCGCCGGCGGUGGCGGCGCCGGCGCCCCCGCUGCGGCGGCUGCCCGGGCAGGGUGCGUUGCAGCAGGCAGCGGCGCGAGCCGCCGGGCUGCCGCGCAGGACUGGCGCGGCAGGCAGCAUCACGGCCGAGAGCAUCAUGCCUGCGACCAAUACGCACGGGGGCAGUGCAAGCAGCGGCGCGAGCGAGGCGAACACCAGCGGUUCCAGCAACAGCCAUGUGACCAGCAUGCCUGGGAGUUCCAGCAACAGCCGCGGAGUGAGGCCCAGUUCUGUGGCCACGUAUAUGCAUCUGCCAGUCUGUCGUUAG